AUGCGGAGCUUACCUCCCAGAUCUGCACCAAUCAUGGCCCCGAAAAACGUCAGGACGCCUGGUUACCGCAUUUUGCUCCUUAUGCUCGGAGCAUCUCUUCUCAUGUGCGAGGCGUCUGCCACUAGCGCGCCGCGGUCAGACACGUGUCAAGGACAGGCCGACGCCAAGUGCAGAUACAAUGUGAGCCCAGGCGAUGUGGCUCCGCUGUCCGCGGAACUGCCUGAACAGAUUCCGUAUGGGAUCCCUCUCUUCCCGUCUGUCGUGCGGAGAAAAGCUGGCGAGAUGUGGAACAAAGCCCGAUUGGGGGGCGAACAUCACGGACGCACUUACGAAGAUGCUCCUUGCAACGACAUUGGAGGCUCGCUGAGCUUGCACGUUGAGACGACGACGGAAAGUCUGGUUAGCAAGGAGGAACAGAGAGAUCUUCUUGCGGGCAUCAACUACCGCAUCGUCUACAAUCUCACCGUCCACUUUCAUGUCUUGGAGUGCUCCACUGAAGAAGGUGCCCUUUUGGAGCUUUCCACCGACCACCCGACCGCUUGCACCGUCUCUACCGAGGAGCGCGCGUUCAGCUGUAUGGGCGCGCCACUGUGGCACGAAGUCCGAGGCUGGACCGCCGUUUAUCGCCACCACAGCAACGGCAGCAUCGGGAGUGAAGCGCCUGAGUUCCUCUUCGAAGGAGCGACUCCGGUCGCUGCACCCGACGAACACGUCGAGAAGUUUUUCAGUGGCAUCAUUGGUCAGAUGCAUUUCGACUCAGGAGCUGCGUCUAAGUUGGACACCGAGGGAGAGCUGGUGGAAGAAUCCGAGCACCCGGAUCACAUCCAUAAAGUUCAGAAGGCUCGUCUGGAGAGUGAAGAAAAGGCGCACGGUUCGAUGGGCUUUCGAGAGAGCCGUUACUUGGAGCCCAGAACUCCAGGGCGCGGCCACGUGUUCGUCCCUCGCGCGUCAAUCGCGCACACGUUUUUGCACCCGGAACGGGGCCUCGAUUUCAAGCAGAUUCACGAGAUCAUCGAGCUUCCCUCCCACGCCGGGGAGGGCUUGGCGGCAUUCUCCCGUAUCUCAGUGAAGAGCACUCUGGGAAGCGCUCACCUAUACACCACGGAGGCCCGCGCACAUAUGGACUCUGUCAAUUCGCUCUACCCUGGCGGAAACUACACAGCACACGCUUUGGGCUUGGUUGCUGCGUACGAGCGAGAGGGAAGAAAGGCGCGCUUCCUAGCGUCUGACGGUGGCAAUCAGAGCGCAGCCUGGUCGGCAGACCUGUAUCGCGCGAGCUGGUCCCUCUCUCCCUCGUCCGGAGUCGCGGGCAAAAUUGCGGUGACGCCGAGCAUAGUCGCGUCCAUGUACGGCGGCGCAAUCGACUCCACCGGAAACGGAAACGGAAACGGAAGCGCCGCCGCGGUCUACUCGUUCACCGGCGCGCUGAAAGCGGGCCUUUCUGCCACGCUCUUCGGAACCGACAUCGACCUUGCGUCAGUGUCUUUUGACAUUUCGCCUUCGUGGAUGAACAAUUCGAAUGUUUUCAACGUGUCUUAUGGGGCCGCGCUGUCGUUCUGGGGCGGCGGGGACCGCGUGGAGACCAUACAGCUCGCGCGGAAGCGUCUCAAGCUCGGCUCCGCAAACGGAGGUCCCCUGAACGUGACCUGCGACCUGAAAGCGGACACGCAGAGCUUCGAAGACAUCGUACUGACAAAGAAAAAGGAGUUCUUCAAACGAGAGUUCCAAUUCUACGCCGCGGGAAUUGUACCGGUCGUGGUGGGCGUGGGGAUCCAAGGAGAGCUGCAACCGGUUGUUGCUUUCUUGGGCUGCUACCGGGAUAACGCCCCGAGAGUUCUUGUGUUUGCUGGGUUUCAGGGGUUGCUGGAGGCGUCGGGAUCGGUGGGCCUCGGAGUCAAGUGGAUCGAGGUGGUGGGCGCGCAAGUUACGGUGUCGCUCCUGUCGCUGGGGGGCCGCGGCGGCGCGGAUUGGAACCCCCUGCAAGUGGUGGACCACGCAAGCCCGCAGCCCACAUGCAUCAUCGGGCGCGCAACCGCAACCGGCCUCGGCGUACAGGUGUCACUCUUCGCAAAGGGCGUUCUCUACAAAACGCGCAAAACGAUCUGGAGCAAGAAGGCGACGAAACUCGUUGACACGUAUCGAAAACUCUGCGGUCGGGACGUUGGCGCCGGGUCUUCGCCAGGCCCUGCCGCGCCGACUGACCCCCAGUCGGGGAGCGGCCAGCCGCCCGCCCUGCCGGCGUUUGCGGCUGGUGCGCGAUACGCUAUGGACGCGUGCCCGAGCGGAUUUCGAGACUGCGAUGCGCGGCCGGAUACGGGCUGUACGGACAUUCUGUUCGACGAUCAGAACUGCGGGGAGUGCGGUCAGCAAGUCCCCCGGGGAAUGAUGUGCUACAAAGGUUACAUGGUGCGGGUUCCGCUAGACCCAGCUGUUGUGGUGGCGAAAUAUGGAGGUUAUUCCCCGCUCGAAGCGCGCGUUCUGCCGGCGUCGGGCGACUUACGUAAUAUUUCCCAGCUGACGAUCCACCUGCUGUACAACCCCGCCACGAUGGCCACGUCGCCUGCCAUCCCACCGAUGAUGUUCGGCAACAAGUGCUUCAUCAACGGCGUGGAUGUUACGCCCACGUGUUCCGGCGGAACAGCGUGCCGGAAUUCCGCCGGUGCCACCACUCUGAGCACCGUCAGUCGGAACGACCAGCGAACCGACUACUCGCCGCCUCUGAACUACGGCGUCCCGGCUUACAUGUUCACGUUUGACGUCAGCGCAGCGGGCAGCCUCCCCGCGUUUUCCUCCGGGGGGCUCUGCAUUUAUUGCGACAUUAUGGACGUGCCCUCGCUUGGUUGGCAUAUGCCGUGCACCGGCAAGCUCGAAGACGGAAGCCUGGUGCCCGGGGGAUGCGAUCCGGCGGUCCAGGAGGCGGUUCCGCCGAGCGGAUUCCGGGCGUCGUAUUCGUUGGCCAGCGUGUUCGGCACGAACACGCUGAGUAAUCUGGGAGGUGACACAAGCUGCAUCAUGAACCAGUACUGCGAGUGCAUCACUCCGGGCGAAGGGGCGAACGGCACACAGCCCUACUCGGAAUCCUCUGGCGGGGGUAUUGACCAGAGUGAGAACGGUUCGAACGGCGACACCAAGCUUGGUGGCGGGAGCUUCACCAGCGCCGCUAGUCCUGCAGCCAGAUCAAGCUUCGCUUCCCGCUGCGUUUGGGCGGCAGUUCUGGCCGGGGUUGCGAGGGUUUUAAGCGCGCAAUAG